AUGUUGAAGCGUUCCACCCGGCGUUUUGUGGUGCUCACCCUGCUGGCCCUAUGGGGCGCCUCCCAUGACCGGCUCAGCUUCACCCCGCUGCUGGUGGUGUUGGAUCUGGAUGAGACGCUGCUGCACGCCUCGCUAUUGAAGGAUGACAGCUGGAAGUGGCUGAAGAAUCCACGACUCUGGCAGCCGGCUUCGAUCGAUUUUGAGGCCAAGGGAAAGGGAUUGGUCUUAGGUCUGGAGGAGGAAAUCCCAUUAUUUGUAUCGCUACGGCCUGGAGCCAAAGAAUUUCUGUCAUGGCUGAAGAAGCAAAAGGCGAUGGAGGCGAUGGAGAUUGCGGUCUACACGGCAGGAACUCAGCAGUAUGCGAGUCAGAGAUUGGAGAAGUUUCCUGCAUUCUAUCGAGACGCAUGUGUACCUUUCGGUCUUCCUCUUGCCAAGGACUUGUGCAAGUUGCGACAGGAUCUGUCACGAGUUGUCUUGGUGGAUAACUCCAAGAAGUCAUUCUGGUUGCAGCCAGACAAUGGUCUGUUGGUGUCUGAUUGGGAUGGAACCAAUUUCAGUGACCGGGAGCUGACUCGGGUGAAGCAAGACCUGCUUGAUCUUCUGGACUUGGAAGAUGUACGUCCAGCAUUGCGCAGCAAAUCUGCGGACGCAUCACCAGGGUCACUAGGAUGGGUGGUUCGCUUCAACACGGGCGUCGAGAAGAGAAUACGAGCCGCGAAUUUGGUCACCUCAGCACCAGCUACUGCUGCGGAUGGCAACAAGGAGUUGGAACAAUAUAUGCUGCAGUCCAACUGGUCUGCCAUUUAUCAGCUCUUCUACGACCGCUUCGGGGUGGAAGGACUUGCUCGAAUCGAUCGGGGCUUUGCCGUGAAGGCAGCGGUCGAGAUGACGUUGAGCAUCGUCAGCAAGUGCUUCGCACUGCUGCGAAGCGAUCCGCACGGCCGCUUGCACUGCACGCCGCUGCACAUCGCGGCGCUGCAGAGCAGCACUGAGGCGGCUGAGGUCAUCGUCCGGGACUCGCCCAAAGUGGUGGAAAGGACGCACCGAGAGUCGCCUUCCGCGUUAAGUCCGUUGCACAUUGCCAUUCUCUGCGGCAGCCACGCCAUUGUGGAACUUCUGCUGGAUGGAAAAGCCAAUCCCAAUGUUUGUACCCUCCACAGCGUCUCUCCCUUGCACCUCGCGGCGACGACCUCCAAGGAGCUUUGCCAGUUGCUCCUGGCCUAUUCGGCGGAGCCAUCCCUGCAUGAUGUUAUGGGAAGCAACACCUUGCAUUAUGCAGCGACCUUCAAGCAGCAUGAAGUCUUGGAGGUUUUGUUGCAAAACCCACAGGCCUCCCGACUGGCUUUGGAAGGUGAUCAAAAGCGCGUCACGGCGUUGCAUUUGACAUGUGCCCUCUAUAGCACCACUGCUGAUAUGCACGGUCCAAUGUUGCUACUGGCAUCGGGUGCCAAACCAUGGCAAGCGGAUGUCUCUGGAACGGCUGCCAGAGAUGUUGUGCCUUUCUCGGUGAAUUGCGAACUAACUAAGUUCUUCGAAAGCCACGGCGACAACUCGAAGGCAGCUGCCCAGGCAUGGUUGGAGGAGUUGCUACUGAAUACUGCGUCUGAUGGCUCCGAAGCAACUGAAGAUGUCGAGGAGGAGGAGGACAGCAUUGCUGUUGAAGCAGUCCCUAGCCCUAGCGCUUCGCGGCUAGAUGGGGCUGUCACAGAAAGGGGUGCAGAGAUUCACAUGCUCCGAGAAGAGGUCGAAAGGCUCAAGACUUCACUCGAAGACCGCGAGCAGAGGUGUGAAGAGUUGGAACCGCUGAGAAUGAAAUUGCAGCACAGCCAAGAGAAGGUGGAAAUGUUGGAGCAAGCCGCAAAGAAUCAGCAGCAAAUCUUCCAAGUUCAAAUGGAUUUGAUGGACCAGAGCAGAAGUCAACAUCAGGCACAGCUGCAGGAGUUGAAGGAACGACAUGCAGCAGAUCGACAACAGUGGGAAGAUCGCAGCCAUGCAGAAAUUGAGGUUCGAUUGCGAGAGUCACAGCAGGAGGCCAGUGCCAAGUUGCAGCAAGCAGAGCUUCAAAUCGCAGAGCUGCAGGCGGAGUUGCUCCAAGCCGAGCGGCGGCUGCAAGCGGAACAGGAAGCAUCGCAGGAGAUCCAACGACAGCUGAAUCGUACCAAAUCACAGGAGCGGUGCCGGACCAUGCCUUGA